AUGGACGACUUCGACUUCAGACGAAUUCCACUCCGGCGCACGGUCUCGAUUUUGAUAAACGGCGGUUGCGACGGAUGUACAAGCGGCGGUCACGGCGGACGACUUCGAUUCUCGGCGAAUACCGGCGGUCAUAUCAGACGACUUCGACUCCAGUCGAAUUCCACUCCGGCGCACGGCCUCGAUUCCGAUAAACGGCGGUUGCGACGGACGUACGAACGGCGGUCACAGCGGACGACUUCAAUUCUCGGCGAACGGCGGGCACGACAGACGGAUGAACGGUCUCGACUCCUGGCGAACAGCGGCGGCCACGACGGACGACCUCGAUUCUGA